AAGAAGUAAAGUAAGUAACCAUCGAUCAUCAUUUCAUUUUGAUCCGUUUUCCUUCCCACUACCCAAACUCCCCUCCCUCCCUCUCUCUCCCAAAAUGGAUUCAGGCGGCGUCGUAGGAGCCGCGAGCCACCCUCCACCGCAGUUCUACCAAAACGUCGUCGUAAUGCGCCACGGCGAUCGCAUCGACAACUUCGAGCCCCACUGGGUUUCCCAAGCGGCCCGGCCCUGGGACCCACCCCUGGUCCAACAGGGCCUGGCCCGGGCCUUCGUCACGGGCCGCCAGUUCCGUAACAACUUACCCUUCGCCUUCCACCGCGUCUUCGUCUCUCCCUUCCUCCGAUGCGUCCAAACCGCCGCCCAAGCCGUCACCGCCCUCGCCGCCGUCGCCGACGACGCCAACAAACUCACCGCCAAUGACGUCACCAUCGAUCCCUCCAAACUCAAGGUCUCUGUUGAAUAUGGGUUAUGCGAAAUGAUGAGCAGGGCAGCAAUCAGGCUUGAGGUUGCUCCUAAAGAUGGAAAUUGGGGUUUUGAUAUUUCGGAGCGUGAGGCCUUGCUUCCGGCAGGGACAGUAGAUAAGAAUGUGGAAAGGGUCUAUAAGGAGUUGCCCAAGUGGGAAGAGGAUCCAGAAUUGCAAACAAGGCCUAGAUAUAAGCAAAUAGUUAAAGACCUUGCAGACAAAUAUCCAACUGAGAACUUGCUGCUUGUUACACAUGGGGAAGGAGUUGGGGUGGCUUUUUCUUCAUUCAAAAAGGGUGCUACGGUGUACGAAGUUGAUUACUGUGGAUACGUCCAACUCAGACGCCCAAUUUUCAAGAAAGACCAAUCAUUUACUGCAGGAGAAUUUGAAGUACUUAAUGACAAUGGUCAAACUGGCGUACAUUUCUUCCUAAAACAAACGUAAUAAUGGCGAUCCACACGUUUGAGACCUGAUUCUCAAUUAUUACUCUGGCUACUUCAUAUUCGAGUCCACUCUAUUGUGAAUGCUUGAUUGACUAAGAAAAUUGAAACACCAUUAUUCUUCACUCGUGGGAUAUUUGCUGUCUUGAUUGAAUAGUAAACAUAGGAGGGGAAAAAAAAAGUAGUAAUAGAGCUUUGUUCGUCCAUUUUAUUCAGAAUAAGUUACAAGAUACAUUACGCCAUAUGAAAUUAUGGAAAAUUUGGUUUAUGAUUAAACUCAAUGGUAAUGAAUGAUAUGUGUAAACAAUUAUACUCGUGAGAAAAGGCUUGGUUUUUAAUGUUGUUGUA